UCUCUUCUCCUCAGUCGAUGGCCGUGUUCGAAGACGAAGACAACGGCGGGCGGAGGCCGCGGCCCUUCCGCCCCUUCCGCAGCCAUGAGGAGUAUCUCUACGCCAUGAAAGAGGAUCUGGCCGAAUGGCUGCAGAAUCUUUAUGAAUUAUCUAUCACCGCAGACGAUUUCAUGGACAAAUUGGAAACAGGGGUCGUCCUGUGCAGGCAUGCCAACCGCGUGAUCACUUCCGCAAAACGCCGGGGCCGGACCCUCGGGGAAGAGUGCCGCGCCGAAGUGGUGUACCGACCGGAGGUGCAGCCGGGCACCUUCCAUGCCAGGGACAACGUCCACAAUUUCAUCGUUUUCUGCCGGAAGGGUUUGCGGAUCAAAGAAUGCCUCCUAUUCGAAACAGACGACUUGGUAAUGAGGAAAAAUGAGAAGAACGUGGUGCUGUGUCUCCUAGAGGUGGCAAGACGGGGCACCAAGUUCGGGAUGCCGGCGCCCCUGCUGGUGCAAAUGGAGAGAGAGAUCGACGCGGAAAUUGCAGCACAUAGGGAUGAUUCGAACGAAGAAAAUCGGACGCCCCCUUCGUCACUGUCCCUGAGGGGAGAUUCGGACGAGGGACACGAGGCCGAUGAUGAUUCGGAAUCCGAACCCUUAGCAACGCCCCGGACACCGCAGGCACCCCAACAACAAAUCGUCACCAACGACUUGAGAUCUCUGCACGAGAGGGUGGCCGAGUUAUUGAAUCGUUGUUCUUGUCCAGCUCAGUUUCCUAUGAUCAGAGUAGGCGAUGGCAAAUAUCGUAUAGGAGAAACGCAGCUACUCAUCUUUGUUAGGAUCCUGAGAAACCAUGUCAUGGUGCGAGUGGGCGGCGGAUGGGACACUUUGGAACACUAUUUGGACAAGCAUGACCCCUGCCGCUGCAAGUCAGGUCGACGCAUCUCCGUGAACCGAGUGUCUCCGUCCAAUUCGGGUACCAUACAGGUGCAUCUGAAUACCCACAGACCACUCUCUUCCGGCACUCCCUCCUCUUCUCGUUCUUCCAGCGUUCCUACCUCACCCCCCUCUCGCCGGCGUUCUUUCGACAUGUCCCGUUUUAGCUCUGACGACAGGAACUCUUCUUCCAGAAGCAGCGGGGACGACUGGGGCCCUCCCAACUUACGCAGGGGCCGAGGCAAGAGCGGUCGACCCAGCUCUGCUGAUAGCUCAUCCGAAAUAUCAGAAGCUGAAUUGUGCCGGGGCGGUGCUGACUUCCUCCGAAGACAACGCAGGUAUUCACCCAGGAAGGUGAUGAAGUUCGGCGAGAACAACACCUGUUCUGAAGAUGCCGAAGAUUCAUCCCUGGAGCCACAAGUGCCCAGCACCACAGUGACCCCAUCACCGUCACCACAGAGAAGUCGCAUUCCGACAUCUCAAUCGCCAUCCCCCCAGCAUCGCUUCAGAGGGGGCCGACUAUCCGCUAGUCGGUCUGAAACAUCCCUUUUCCAACAAUCCCCAAUCAAUCGGGGCGGUCGGACUCAGAUGUUACCGGGCAAUCGUCGGGCAUCGCAAAGUGGUAGGCAGCGUUCCUCGUCCACCAAUCGGACAGCUUCGAAUUCUCCUGCUAGGACGCCAGAGUGGCAUCCUAAAAGAAGGACGCUUUCUCUACAGUCAUCACCAGUUAAGCCAGUGCCACCCUUGCUAGAAGAGAUCCUCAACGAUUCAGAGGUUCUCGACUCGGACGAGAAGAUUUUGGAACGAAUGGAAAAACUGAUCAAUGAGUACCGGGCAAGAGAGGCCUCGCCUGAUUCUUCUUUGGUCGACGAUUGCUCGGCACCCAUUCGACCACUAUCGAAAACGGUUAGGAGAAAUUCUUUGUCUAAGAUUCCAAUAUUGAAUUGGCAGAUGAAACAAUAAAGCAAAGAAAAAAAAAAAUUAGUGAACAAACUUUGGCGAGCUUACACACAGCUUGUCCGAAUCGGUUUCUAGGCUUUUGCACAUGGACGGCAUGUCGUUGUUUUUUCUGAAAGUUGUUGCACUCGUAGAAUCGUUUGCUUUGUUCAGUGUCUUGUUGCCAAUAUCUUGUUUAAUCCGUCGACAUAUCUUCAUGUGUUUUAUUAAAUUAAUCAAAAUUGUUAUAGCUGUUAAAUCUUUGCUAUAGUUGUGAAAUAUUUAAAGGUAUUUAUUACAUUAUUGUUAUAAAAUUUAUUUAUAAGAAUGAUUAAUUGAUUCCAUUUUUCGAGGAACAAAUUUCUUCAGAUCUAAUUUUUAAAUAUUGUUGAAUUUUUAGGUAAGAACAAAUUGUCUUCUCAAUGAGCUGUGUUAUACAUCUACUUGCUUAUAACAAAAAUCUAGACACUAAUUUUUGAAAAUCCGUUCCUUGAAAUUCCUAACUUGAUGUAUCUUUUUUGAAGAAUGUGUUUCGUCCAGUGUUUUCUCCAUGUGCAAAAGUGAAGAAGUGCAGGUUGUCCUGCAAAUUCCAGCAAAUGUCGCCUGUUAUUUUCUAGUCCACUCCAUCAUUCCGCGGAUGUGCUGAAAUUCGCUCUUUUUUGUCCUGUGCGAGAUAUCCAGCAGCCAUACGUAACGCUUUUUAGAUUAAUCGCCUUUUUGUGAGAAAGAUCGGCACAGAAUGCCAAAGAGAAGAAAUGUUUGUAUCACGACAGGUUUUUUCCAAGUCCAUGGUCGAUCAUGACCCAAUAAAGAUUAUUCUACGUUU